AUGUCUUCUUCCUACAACGUCUCUCAACCUUACCCCUCACGAGGAACCUCUGCACACGGUCGCCUCCACAAGCGUGGCAACUCCGAUUCCUCAUUCACUUCACCUACUCCACCAUACGCCAACGAGAUGCUGCGUCAUAGCACUGAAUCGCGAAGGACGGAGGAGCUUCGAGCGACCUAUGGUGACCUGGUGAGGGAGACCCGACCCUCUCUCGAUUCCCAGCGCUCUGGUCAUGGCUCUCGUGGAUUGAAGAUCAAGCCAUACAUCCGCAAACUAGCAACCAAUGAUUCACACGGCAAGAUCAACAUGUCCCGAUCGGAGCAAGAGCGGCUUGCCGGCUUAGGAAUCAACGCCGACUAUCAUUUCGGACCGACUCCAAGGGCUUCAGAUGUCAACUUCGCGCCGAUGUCUCGAUCCCGUCACUCUCGCACUAGGAGCAGCAACUCGCAAUUCUCCGCCUCAUCUUCUCCUUACCGGCCUUCCGCCCCGUUUGUCCACCCGAUGAAGCAAACUCCCAGCGCAUACACUCCACCCUAUGCGAGAUCCAACCCGAUUUCCGUUGCGGACACGGACCCUGACGAGAUCACUCCCGUUACGGGCGACGACGAAGCCCUUCGAAGUGUUCGCGUCGCAUUUGCCGAUGGCGAGAUGAACGGCACCUUUCACUCCACUCCUCAUAGCCACACUCCGAGCGCAACACCAUCCCUCACUCGUCUUCCCCACACUCACCCCAACCCCUCUCAAUCCUCGAUUCGCAGCGGAUCCGUUCCCAAUCACGCGUUCCCACGGCCUCGUGGCAAUACGCAUGCAUCCGUCGACACUGCCACGACGAACGGAACACCCAAUACCAACAACAGCAUGGCCGUUUUCAGCACCUCCACCGCCGCCACCAGCAACAUCCCCGCGACCUCUUCGACUCGCACCAGCUUUGACAAAGCCUCCAGCAUCGCCCACUCCUUCACCCACCCGUUCUCCUUCUCCCGCACUCGCACCGCCGACACCGCCUCCUCCUCCCCAGUCGACCCCAACACCGAGCGCGCCCAAGACAUCGCGCGCCUCCGCGCCGCCUUCGCCGAGCGCGAGGAAGCCAAGGAGCGCAAAUACGAAGCCGAAGAACGCCGUGCCCGCGAACGCGAGGCGAAAAAGGAGCAUCGCCGCCGCGAAAGCACCGAGCGGCACCAGCGAUCGCACGAGCGCCGGCUGGAGAGUGAGGAGCGAAAGCGGAAGCGCAGCGCGGAGCGACAGAGCCGGAAGGCCCGCGAGCGUGAGUGGAGCCGCGAAGAUAAGGAGCAGAAGAAGAAUAAGAAGAAGAAGGGGGUAGAGUCGGAGGCGGAGAAGAAGACGGAGGUAGAGGGGCUAGAGCAUGCGAAUUUCCCGAGCUACAGCGAAACUGCGGUGAGCAUGCCGAUCAGGGGGCGUCCCAUCAGUGCGAUGAAUGAGAAGGAGGAAUACGUUGAGUUCACGGGACAGGGGAAGCGUGGCGGUGGGUUCAAGAGGACGUGGUUUGGGUUCCUCGCGUGGUUCCGGACUCGCCUUCUACGAUUAGGCAUCCGCUUGUCCGGGAAGCACUGA